CUGUCGUCAUCACGUUGCUCGGGGGUACGCCCACGCCCCAGGGAAGGCCUGCCCGGCGCACCGCCUCUCCAGCGACGUUGCUAAGAGGUCUUGGAUACCUGGCCGCGGGAUGCUACGCGGUGUCAGGUGAAGAUGGUGGUCACUGGGCCUCAGGUAACCAUGGAGAGAGAGCUCCCGAGCACCAUUCUUUUCAAUGCAUGCAAAAAAGAAGUAUUUACCACCAACAAUGGCUAUAAAUCCAUGCAGAAAAGACUUCGGAGUAAUUGGAAGAUUCAGAGCUUAAAAGAUGAAAUCACAUCUGAGAAGCUAAUUGGGGUGAAACUGUGGAUUACAGCUGGGCCAAGGGAAAAAUUUACUGCAGCCGAGUUUGAAGUCCUGAAGAAAUACCUUGAUGGCGGUGGUGAUAUCCUUGUGAUGCUAGGAGAGGGUGGAGAAUCCAGAUUUGACACGAAUAUUAACUUUCUUCUAGAAGAAUAUGGAAUCAUGGUUAAUAAUGAUGCUGUGGUUAGAAAUGUAUAUUAUAAGUAUCUCCAUCCUAAAGAAGCUCUAGUUUCCAACGGAGUCCUGAAUAGGGAAAUUAGCCGGGCUGCAGGAAAGGCCGUGCCUGGAAUCAUUGAUGAGGAAAGCAGUGGAAACAAUGCCCAGGCUCUUACCUUUGUUUAUCCUUUUGGUGCCACGUUGAGUGUCAUGAAACCAGCAGUGGCUGUUCUGUCCACAGGCUCUGUCUGCUUCCCGCUUAACAGACCCAUUCUGGCUUUCUAUCACUCGAAGAACCAAGGUGGGAAGCUGGCAGUGCUUGGCUCGUGUCACAUGUUCAGUGACCAAUAUUUGGAUAAAGAAGAAAACAGCAAAAUCAUGGAUGUUGUUUUCCAGUGGCUCACAACGGGAGACAUCCACCUAAACCAGAUUGAUGCCGAGGAUCCAGAGAUUUCCGACUACAUGAUGCUGCCCGACACAGCCACCCUGUCAGAGCGGCUUCGAGUGUGUCUCCAGGAGGGCGACGAGAACCCAAGAGACUUUACCACCCUCUUCGACCUGUCCAUUUACCAGCUGGAUACCACCUCUCUCCCCAAAGUCAUCAAGGCCCAUGAACAGCUAAACGUGAAACAUGAACCUCUCCAGCUCAUCCAGCCUCAGUUUGAGACGCCACUGCCAGCCCUUCAGCCAGCGGUUUUCCCUCCCAGUUUCAGGGAGUUACCACCUCCUCCGCUGGAGCUGUUUGACUUAGAUGAGACGUUCUCUUCUGAGAAGGCCCGCCUUGCUCAGAUUACCAAUAAGUGUACUGAAGAAGACCUGGAAUUCUAUGUCAGAAAGUGUGGUGACAUUCUUGGAGUAACCAAUAAACUACCAAAGGACCAACAAGAUGCCAAACAUAUCCUUGAGCACAUCUUCUUCCAAGUGGUGGAGUUCAAGAAAUUGAACCAGGAACAUGACAUUGAUACAAGUGAACCAGCAUUCCAGAACAAUUUCUGAGGACCGUGCCUCUUGAAGCAUCUUUGCCUCCUGAUUCUCUUUGUAAACUAUUUUUGAAUUCUUCUGCAACUCCUUAUCAAAAUUGCCUAUACACUCUUUACCCCAUGAGUUGUAGGUCCGUACAUCUGUAGUGCCCAGAGAGGUGUAACAUUUCUAACAAGAUCCUUAUGUAAGAUACGUUCCAUUUUUGAAAUUAAAUCUGACCGAAUCUGUACUUUUAUAAUUUAUGAAACAGACUUUCAUUGAGGUCUUUUCUUUGGAUUGUAGUUCUGAAUUUGAGUCUCCUUUAUCAAAGGCAUGAAUAAUUUUCGCUUAUGAAUACUGUUCAGCUUUUGGACUAGCUCAGAAGGAUAAAAAACAAACUUAACCUACAAGGGUCUGUUUGCCCCAGGUGCCUAAUGAAAAAGAUAAAAUAGUAGAUCAAUAACUUCCUUACAUGGAUCACUCACCCCUUCAUCUCCCAGCCAUCCACAGGACACAACCAUUUAGAGGCUGUCGUCUCUACCCACACUUUGUCACCCUCCUCUGAGCUCCUGAAGCAUUGAAUUCCAUCAUCAUUUGGGUUAUAAUAUGAUCAUCUGUCCCAAGGACAAUGGGAGACUGUACCUGCUUGAAUGGGGCAGCUGAUGUGGAAAUGCACAGCAGUGUACUGGACAUACUGGGAACCAGCUUUGGGGAACCCUGAAAGAUUGCAGAACUACUGCCAGUGUGUAAGGGAUGCGAUGCAAUGGGAACUGCUUAGCUAGUGGGUUCUAUAAAGAUGGGAACUAUGGAAGGAAGGCCAUUUACAGAGAGUGCGAUGUAACCCCAAGAGGAAGUAAUGGGGAUAUGAACUAAGGUGCUGUUUUAAGAAAGGUGCCAUUAAAGGAAAAAAAA